AAUGAAUGUAAUAGCUACUGCUAAUGUUAACAAUCACGUUUGUCUUUGGAAUCCGUAUGUGGUGUCAAAACCAACAGGAGUUUUGCGUGGUCAUAUGGCACCAGUUAUUCAAGUUUCUUUCAGUCGAAAUCGUGGUCAAUUAGUCAGCUUAUCCAAAGAUAAAGUUUUAAGAAUUUGGGAUGUUCAGCUACAGGUAUGCGUUCAAAGAGUGGCUGGCAUGUUUCCCAAGGGACCAGAAGUGGGAUCUCAAUUGCUCGUCCACGAAACAUACGACAGAUUCUUUAUAACUUUUAACUCUAUUAUAACUGUUUUGGAAAUGAAAAAAGAUGUCAAAGAUCGCGUAGUUACUCAUAAUAAGCCUGUUAUAGCUGGCAGACUACUUCCACUCCUCUCUCAAGUAGUUACGGCCGCUAACGAUGGCUCAAUUACGUUUUGGCAACUGGACAGUGGCCAAAAAUUAAAAGAGUUGUCUGUCGGCUGUGAAAUUACUCAUCUUACGGUCGAUCAAACUGGCUCGAGAAUUUACGCAGCUGGAACAGAUGGAAUUAUUAGGAUUAUGGACGUAAAUGGAUACGUUCACCACUUAUUGGAUUGCAAUACCGAAAAUUCAUCACCAGAUAUUGGGAAUAUUCUAGUUCUAAAGCGCGCCAUUCUUGCUGUAGGAUGGGCAAAGCAUCUAACAGUAUUUCGUAAUCAUUCCAUGCGUCAGCCAAGGGUAGAACCGGAAGAAUGGAAAGGAGGUCAGCAUCAUUCUGACGAUAUUCUAGCCCUAGACUUUCUACCGCCUUCAACAUUGGCGACUGCUUCAUACGACGGAGAAAUUGUAAUUUGGAAUAAUAAUUCUGAACUACCCUCAAAGAGAUUAAAUCAAAGAACUAGACCUGUUACUAGGUCCAAUCAGAGACCGAUUGAUAAGGAAGAGGAGGAAGAUAUUCAAGCCAGUUUUGCCGUUUCCGAGCUAAAAUUCCUCCGUUCGAGACCAAUUUCCCAAGGAAAUUUAAUAUCCUGUGGUGCUAAUGGCUGGGUUCGGUUUUGGAGUUCAGCGUCAGCUUCUCUAUUCGCUGAAUUUCAGGCUCAUCCGAACGCGGCUAGUAUAACAAUGACUGUAGAUGAACCAAAAAACGAAUUGUUAAUUACCGGUGAUGUAGAGGGAGCAGUUAAAGUUUGGAGAAUAGGAGAUUAUGCAAAAGAAGGACCAGUUGAAGAACCUCCCUUCCUUCAGUCUCAAUACACAGCUCAUAUCGACUCGAUCUGCUCUAUUGAUAUAAUGGAGAGAUCAGGAAGAACUUUGAUCGUCGUAGCAAGUUCAGAUUGCUCCGUAUCAGUUCACGACGUAGAUGCUCACAAAGUAGGCGUUUUUGGCCAAGAACAACAUUGGAAAGUUGAAUUACCAAAGAAAGAUGAAGACGACGAAGAUGACAAACUCGAUAGAUCAAACGUUCAGAUCAUGGACAACACUUUAAAAUACACUUUAGAAGAUGAUAACUGGCAACCCGAUGAGCUAGCAACAACAAAACCAGCAGAAUAUAGAGUUAAUACAUGGGAGAGAACGUAUUUGGGUAAGGACUAUCAAGAGCUUCGUGUCCAAAAACGAGAGCGAAAGCAACCAAAAAUAAUACAAGACCUUCCGUACUUACAUUCAGACCGUAUGAAUGCCCCGCCCUACGGUCCUUACUACUCUUUGGAAACUAGGGAAUUAGAACAAGUAGAUCAGUCGUUAAAGAAGUCGGAUUUUAUAAUCAAUCAGAAUAAAUACUUUGGCACUAGACCUGAUAGUUCAAACGAAGGCGGAAAGCUGUUAUCUUCACCUUCACUUGCUCAUAGACUAAAAGCGGCGUACGAUGAGAAAACGUUAUUUCCUAAAUAUAUACUUGAUCACGAAACAAGAAUGAAAAAUUCACACGGAACCAUUCAAUCGAAUCAUAAGGGAUCCCUAAUAAAAGGCUUAUCAAAAGGCCUGCAAACUAAACGUACUGCCCCAGCUAAGCCGAAGAAAUUAAAGCCAAUCGAAGCCGGAAAUAGAUCUAGGGCGACAUCUCUGAGUCUCGCUUCUGAAUCUGCAUCAAACUUUACUUAA